GACAGAGGCAGGAAGUGGGAGCACCGAUAGCAGCGAGCGGUCACCGCCUUCUUCCCCAGCAUCCAGAGCGGAGCCGCGGCCGGGAGCAGGAUGUGGAAAGCGGCAGUAGGACACUCUCUCUCCAUCUCUGCAGAUGACACAGACGACUGGGAGACGGACCCUGAUUUUGUUAAUGAUCUGAGUGAGAAGGAGCAGAGAUGGGGAGCGAAAACGGUGGAAGGGUCCGGUCACCAGGAACACAUCAAUAUCCACACAUUGAGAGAGAAUGUGUCUCAGGAACACCAGAGCCUAAAGGAACAGGAACUGCAGAGUGGCCCCAAAGCUUCUCAUGGCUACGGAGGAAAGUUUGGCGUGGAGAAUGACCGGAUGGAUAAGUCUGCGGUUGGACAUGAGUAUCAGGCAAAGCUGUCCAAGCACUGCUCGCAGUCCGAUUCGGUGAAAGGCUUCGGUGGGAAGUUCGGUGUCCAGACAGAUCGAGUGGAUCAGUCUGCUAUGAGCUUCGAAUACCAAGGGAAGACUGAAAAACAUGCAUCACAGAAAGAUUACGCCAGCGGCUUCGGGGGCAAAUACGGAGUUCAAGCUGACCGCGUGGACAAAAGUGCUGUUGGCUUUGAUUACAAAGGCAAAACUGAGAAGCAUGAAUCCCAGAAAGAUUAUUCCACUGGCUUUGGCGGGAAGUACGGCGUGCAAGCAGACCGUGUAGAUAAGAGCGCUGUUGGAUUUGAUUACCAGGGAAAAACGGAGAAACACGAGUCCCAGAAAGAUUAUUCCAAAGGUUUUGGUGGGAAAUACGGCGUCGAUAAAGACAAUGUAGACAAGAGCGCUGUUGGGUUUGAGUAUCAAGGGAAGACCGAGAAGCACGAAUCCCAGAAAGACUAUGUGAAAGGGUUUGGAGGAAAGUUUGGUGUACAGACAGACAGACAAGACAAGUGUGCGCUGGGCUGGGAUCACCAGGAGAAACUGCAGCUACACGAAUCCCAAAAAGAUUACUCAAAGGGAUUUGGUGGAAAGUAUGGCGUGCAAAAAGAUCGGAUGGACAAGGCGGCUUCUUCCUUUGAGGAUGUGGAGAAGGUGGCUCCUAGUUAUCAGAGAACACGGCCGGUGGAAGCCGAGGGAAACAAAGCGAGCAGCAUUCGGGCAAACUUCGAGAACCUGGCCAAGGACAAGGAACUGGAGGACCGUAAGAAGGCGGAAGCGGAGAGAGCACAGAGAAUGGAGCGGGAGAAGCAGGAGCAGGAGGAGGCCCGGAGGAAGCAGGAACAAGAAAAAGCCAAACCUGCGUCUCCUCCUCCAUCCCCCAGGCCCCGACUUGUGGUUGAAGAGGCUCCAGCAAGCCCCGUCUAUGAGGACGCCGCUCCUUUAUAUGAGAAGGAGCCAGAGAAAGCCGUCCCCGAGAACAUCUACACAGAGGAGUCCGAUCACCAUGAUGCAGAGAGCCACAAGGCGGAAGCUCCGGUCACAGAGGCGGUGUACGAGUCGGCAGAAUACCAAGAUGUGGAAAAUACAUAUGCCGAAUAUGAAGGCGACCUCGGAAUCACAGCCAUUGCUCUGUAUGACUACCAAGCAGCUGGAGACGACGAGAUCUCUUUUGACCCUGAUGAUAUAAUCACAAAUAUUGAGAUGAUUGAUGAGGGAUGGUGGAGAGGGCUCUGCAAGGAACGCUAUGGGCUCUUCCCAGCAAAUUACGUGGAGCCCCGGCAGUAGAACAGCAGCCGCCAGUCUUCCCAGUGAGGGGAUCCUGCUGCAACCUGACCCUGUGUUCUGCAGUGUUGCACAACGCGUUUCGCUGUGGCAGCCCCACUGAUCUGCAAGCUUCUUUCUGAGCUGAAUUUUGCCAUAAUUACCUGAGCUGGAUUCUUACACUACAAAUCAUUAUUUUUUAUUUUUUUUCCCCCUAUUCUUUUGGAGCGGGAGCAGUGUUCUGCAUAUUAAACUUUUGUGUUUUUUUUUCCGAUCAGGCUUUUAAUGUGCAGUUACCUGCCGCAGAGCUGGCAAAAUGUAUUUUAAAGGCUGUUAACCCAUUUGUUGCCAGGUGUGCCUUCACUUCACUGGACGUUUGACCGAGGCUGGUUUAUUAUGCGGUCCUUCCCCUACCAUUGAGUGGUUUCAUGGAAGGUGUCUCUGUAUUGGUAUGCUGGCCGACAUUACUCUUCCCAAUUUUAGUUACUAUUAUACAGUUAGCCUAGACCUUUACUGGGAACAUCAGGCCUUGUUUGCCAUGUGUGUACCAACAAGCCAAACGUCUAUAUCCGUUAUGGAAGCGCUACUAAUGAUCUGGUUUCAUUUUAUGCUUUGCUUCUGAUGUGACCGACUUAGGCCGUUUGUUUAGUUUAAUGGAAAGUAGAGGGGAUACUGUAAUAUGUCAUCGCAUUAAAUCUUUUGUGCCAGGGCAAACGGUUUAGCACUGUGCACCAACAGAGAUCAUUAGUCAGACCCUGCUCUCUAUCCUUUUAACGCAGUGCUGACUGUUCUACCUACUCUCCGUUAUUCUGUCAUUUCAUGUCAGCCAGAAAUCUCCAGUGUUACCAAAACGGCCUCAGGCUGAGGUGCAUUAAAACUGUGAGUUACUUACUUUAUAUUAUACAAUACAUAAGGUCAUUAAUAAGGGUCAAACCAUAGGUUUUGCAUAUUUUUUUUUUUUUUUUUUUUUUUUACCGUUUUUUUAUUUUUUUGUGGUGGUGCACCUCCUCGGGUCUUCAGUAGUUCUAGGAACCUGGAAUAAGAACUGCAAAAAUGUAAGAAAAGUUAACAUAGAGACUUGGUGUUUGGAACAGUAGGAGGUGAGAACCUCACUCUGAUUUUACAUUUCCCACCCGGUGGAUGACAUGCGAUGUGGAUCCCUCUGACCGGCAUGUCCAGCCCUCCCCUCAAUAUGGUAUAAUCCUUCUUUGACACUCCAACUUCUCCCAUUUUUUUUUUUUCCCAACCAAAAAAGGAACCUAUAAUGAGGAAACAUCAUGAAAUGUAUUUUGCAAGCUGAAGAAAGAAGGGGCCUCGAUUAGCCUUCCUAAUGUUUUCUUGACCAUAAGAUGGUGAGGAACCUUUUCUUGAAGCUGUGAGAGCUUUCACCCUCCAUUCAUGGUGGAUUCUAUAUAUAUAUAUAUAUAUAUAUAUAUAUAUAUAUAUAUAUAUAUAUAUAUUUAUUAUUGCUAGGUGGGACAAGUCAGCUUCCAACCACAUUAUGGCUUCAUACGUUUGCCCUUCCCUCCUACAGUUCAAGUUUGAGGUUUUUGGACCAACCAGAAGGAAAAGGGGUCUCUCUUCGUACUGUGUGUGGUGGAGAGGCGGGCUUGUACUGGGCCCAUGGAGAGGGGUGUAACAUGAACUGGGUGGGUUUUUUAAUCUUUCUUUUAUCUGGUUUUGCAUUCUGCACUUAAUUAUCUAUGAUUUUGUAAAUGAAGCUUAAAUAAAGUCAUUUUUCCAACCAUC